CCGAGCUUUGCCGCCUUACUGGCCACCGUUUGGGUCCGCUCUCGGGUACCGGCUCUCCAGAGCGGCCGGUGACCCUCCGUGUCUGGCUGGCUAGAGCAGCGUUUACGCCGCUCAGUGGCUUAAGUUGAUUCUGUCUCCGCCCACUGCCACUAGUCAGUCUCUCCUACGAGGUGCGGCUGAAUGGGCGGCCGGGACUCCCGGCUGGAGCGUCUCCUGGAACACCGUAGAGAUGUGGUCCUCCGACAGCCCAGCCGGCCACCGAGUGUGGGAUAGAGCGCCUACGUCAUUUUCUGUCGCCUCCGGCUGGGUGAGGAGCGGCAGCACCUGAGGAGGACGCCACCAAGUAGGGCAAACUCUGAGGCUAGCGAGAAACGUGACAGCGUCAGGGAUUACGCUGAACCUCGAAGGGAACUAGGGGGUGCAGCCUGGUUCUAUCCCUGCCGACCUCAGAGGGCGGCUGUGAGUCUAGAUCGGGGGCGAUCGCGUCCUGAGAGAGGCGAUCAAGGCUUCUUUGCUGGCCUGAAUAGGAAGAGCAAGGCUGAGGACAGCCUAGGUCACCAGCGUAGCUUGGAGGCAGGCCUGCAGGCGCAUCCCCGCUCCUCAGCUCCGAGCUGACGCAUCUACACCGGCCAGCAGCCCAUUAAGAUGGCUGGCUAUGCCACUACUCCCAACCCCAUGCAGACACUUCAGGAGGAAGCGGUGUGUGCCAUCUGCCUGGAUUAUUUCGAGGAUCCCGUGUCCAUCAGCUGCGGGCACAACUUCUGCCGAGGGUGUGUGACCCAGCUGUGGGGUAAGGAUGAGGAAGACCGGGACGAGGAAGAUGAAUGGGAGGAGGAAGAGGAGGAUGGGGGAGCCGUGGGGGCCAUCGGUGGAUGGGACAACUCCAUUCGAGAGGUGUUGUAUCGGGGGACUGCUGACGAGGAGCUGUUCCAGGACCAAGAGGAUGAUGAAUUCUGGGUUGGUUACAAUGGUGCAAGGACUUGGGACAAUGUGGAUUAUGGGUGGGACCAGGAGGAAGAAGAGGAGGAAGAUCGGGACUAUUACCUAGGAGGCUUGAGAUAUGACCUGAGAAUUGAUGUCUACCCAGAAGAGGAGGAGGUACUGGAAGCUUACAAUGAGGAAGAGGAUGAAGAAUUGUAUCCUGACAUCCACCCACCUCCUCCCCCGACCCCUCCACGGCAAUUCACCUGCCCCCAGUGCCGAAAGAGCUUUACACGUCGCAGCUUUCGUCCCAACCUACAGCUGGCCAACAUGGUCCAGAUAAUUCGUCAGAUGUGCCCCACUCCUUAUCGAGGGAGCCGGGGGAACGAUCAGGGCAUCUGUUUGAAACACCAGGAAGCCCUGAAACUCUUCUGUGAGGUUGACAAAGAGGCCAUCUGUGUGGUGUGCCGAGAAUCCAGGAGCCACAAACAGCACAGCGUGGUGCCCUUGGAGGAGGUGAUGCAGGAGUACAAGGAAAUAAAGUUGGAAAGAACUCCUUGACUGGUGGGAAUACAAAGAAGAUAGAGCAAGAAAGCAUUCAGAGCAAGACCUGUAAUCAAUGAGGUACAUGAAAGGUAUGAAAGGUUGGGUAGCCACAGGAGAUGGUCAUUGUGGAAAUGGUUCCAUUUAUACAUCUAUUUCUAUCACAUAUCCAGGACAAUUACAUUGUUUUGAGGUUGAGUGUUUUGAGGUUGAGUGUUCUUUUAAAACUUGAUUUUGUGUAAGAAGAGGCUUUUUAGCCCUGAAAAGUUUAUUUACAUCUUCCAUUUUGCCCAUCCCAUGAGUUAGAGUUCGACUUGACUCUGCAAGCUAGAAUCAGAGGAUUAUGAAAGUAACAUCAUUUAGAUUUAAUAACUACUAUUUAGGGCACCACUAAAUGGUGCCAGGUUUUAGGUGGCAGACAGGUGUAUAAAAAGAAAAUGAACAAAGAUUUCACUUAUCGGGGCUCAGGCAUAACUGGAUCCCUGGAUUGCCCUGCCACCCACCUGCCGCCAAUAAAAUCAUUCAUCCCUCUGCAAGAGGGACCAGAUGCUUCCAUUAUCAGUACUCCUUGUUUUUCUGUUUUCUCCUUUGAGGUAGCUAAAAAUAGCAGCCAAACAUUUUUUUUUGAGGCUUUUCUCAAGUAUAUAUUCAUGUUAUGAUGCAGAAGAUAGGGUCGACUUCUUCAGUUGUGUUAUCUGAAAAUGUUGGGCGGUGACACUGCCAAACACUGUAAAAUUCAUGCCACUAAAAACAGUGGAGUGUUCUGCAAAGCACAGUUCUCUGCAGUUUUAAGAGUGGACAGUAUUGGAAUAUUAACAGGAAUCUUCAGAGGCCAUGAAAGCUUAAUAUUAAAUAGCCCUUUUAAUUACAAAGGAGAAAAAAAUGGAGAAACUUGUGAAACCCUGCAUUCUGAGUGUUGCCACAACUUUGAGAGGAAAUUAAGGAAUUCCAGAAUUUCUUCAUCUGCUUCUGCAGUCUGAACUCUGAAUUAAUGACUGAGUAUAUCAAACUUCAGCUUUUAAGAAACAUCAGCUCACCCUUCAUUGGUACUAGUUGAGAUGAAUCUCCUGAUGAAGAAAACUGCUUUGCUUAUGUUCAAAAGAGGACUUUCAAAACUGGAUGUGCUCUUUUCACAAGCCUAGUACUUGACCACUAAAGACUAUUUUUGAAGCUGUAUCAAAUGAACUGAGUUGGAGAAAAUUUUAUAGGAGUAUAUGUUGAUGGUGCUACAGCAAUUCCGUGUUUUAGAUCCGUUUUCUGGGCAAAAAUUGAAGAUAAAUUGCAUUCAUGAAGAUAAAUUGCAUUCAAGAUGAACUGAAGCAGUCACCACCAAGCAUCAACUUCCAUCGAUUCCCCAUAAUCUACUGGAAAUCUUCAGCCUUGCUGUCAGCACAGACCAUUAUGAGAAACAGUACAUUCCGUCCUAGUUUGUCUUGCUUUUUGAAGAUUUGAACACCAUUCAGUGUUUUCUGUUACAUACUAAAAGUUUCUUGAUUGUCAAAGAGAACUGUAUUCAGCUGAAUUUAUGGACAGAACAACCCCAAUGUUGGAACAAUGAAAGAGAAUCUAUACUUUAAAAUUUCAAAGAAAUUAAAAAUUUCAGCAGAGUUUUAACACAUUGAGCUUAAAAUACAUUAUGAGAUACUUCAAAACUUGCCAAAAAUACAACCAUAAAAAUAAAGCACAUGUAUAUAUAAGCAAACUCAUGCUAAAAAUGUCUAAUUUUCUUGGCCAAUCUUUUGAGGACCAGAUUCAUAAAUGUUAUUUCAAGGAAAAAAGUGAAAUUUUCAGAAUUAUCUCAGAUGAUAUGUUCCUGACCUUAUUCCUAAAACCUACCUCUGGUAGCUUUUGGGAGGAAUGUAUUUCACACCAAUGUUCAGUCCUCACUGAAGAGAUUCAAGAGGAGUUUGUGAAACUCAAAGUCUGAUUAUUUUGACUAGAAUCUUCCAGAUAAAUACUCUAGAGAAACAGGUGUAAAAUGUCUAAACAUAUUGGAAGCCUUUAUUCCAUUCGUUAUUCCAUUUUCUCUGUACAUCUUAAAAAGCUUUUUUUCUUUUUGGUUAUAUCUAGCUGUGGGGAGAAAAUAGUGCAGGAGUACAGAGUGUUGUUGAAAACAGCUUGUGUUUUUUUGCAUCUUCUACACCACCCAGGAAAGAAAAGUUCAGGCUUAACAGUGACAUGGUUAUCAUAUCAUCUGAAUAAAUUUUUUCCUUCUAAAAUUACCAUUGCUUUGAUUAAUUUUAGUCAUGAUAGUUAAUUUUGAAAUUUAAGAUAACAAUGAAGGAGUGAAAAUGUGAGAGUUUUACGCAUAUGAAAAGUAGGGGUGUGGGUUACAGAAAUGUUGAGAAAAAACUGGUAUAUCCAUUUGCA